GUGGACACAGACCCUUUAGACAUUUGACUUUUUGUUCCUUUCUCUCCUGUUAAUGCAGUGGAUUUCACACGUUCCUUUCUCUCCUUCCUCGUCCCAACCUUCCUCGCCCCCUCCCUCGUCUCAGGCCAGCUUGUAAAAUUAGAAUCUUUGCUUCCUUUUAGGGUGUUUUAUUUAUUUUAUAUUCGAUUCGAUAGUCAAAAUUAAUUAUCUCCUCUAGUUUCACUCUCUCUUCUCAAAUUCUUCCUUUUCUUUUUUUCUGAGAAUCUUUUGUUAUUUACUGCUUUCUUUAUUCUCGAAUUAUUGUAAUCAAUUAGAGAUAGGUUGCUGUUAUUAUUAUUACUAGGUGAUGAAAUUUAGGGUUUAUGUUGAUGGCUGAGACUAGAAGAUACAUCCCUGAUCAUACAAUAAAUAUAGAGCAGAUAUUGGAAGAAGCAAAGCACCGUUGGCUUCGACCUACUGAAAUUUUGGAAAUUCUUCGCAAUUACCAGAAGUUUAAGUUGACUGCAGAACCACCAGCUAGGCCUGCAGCUGGGUCUAUGUUCUUGUUUGAUCGAAAAGCACUUAGAUAUUUUCGUAAAGAUGGUCAUCGUUGGAGGAAGAAAAAAGAUGGGAAAACUGUCCGAGAAGCUCACGAAAAGUUGAAGGCUGGCAGUGUGGAUGUUCUCCAUUGUUACUAUGCCCAUGGGGAGGAUAAUGAGAACUUUCAGCGGCGGUGCUAUUGGAUGCUUGAUGGGCAGUUAGAGCAUAUUGUUUUUGUACACUACAGAGAAGUGAAAGAGGGAAACAAGUCUGGUGUAUCACGUUUACUAGAAGAUUCAGGUACACAGGUUGAAAACCUUCAACCCAGUCCGGUGACUUCCUUUGCACAAGCAGCCUCACCUGCAUCCACAGUUCAGACAUCUUAUGCAUCAAGUCCAAACAGAAUUGACUGGAAUGGAAAAGCAUUAUCUUCAGAAUUUGAGGAUGUGGAUUCUAGGAAUGGUCCAGGAACCUCUUCUCUCGCUCAAUCAAUUCAUGGCUCUAUGUCACACAAUUCAUCUUUACUUUCCCCCAGAGUUGAAGGAUUCCAUGUGUUACCAAAGAAUCCUCCUGGAUCAUGGCUUGCAGGAGCAAAAUUUGAUCUUGGCACACAAUCAUCUCUGUUGCCUGAAAUUAGCAGCUCUGAACGAAGUGUAUCUAGAUUGCCUGGCCAGAAAUUUUUUGUCGACCAACCUGGUGGAGCUGAGUUCAUUACUAAUAAGCUAACAGGUGCUACAUUAGAGGGUAUUGCAGUUCCGGAUACUGUGGUUAGUGCAACUGGAUUGAUCACUGAUAGAACAGCAACUCCUCAAAAUGUAAUCCAGGAGCUUGAUUUCAAUUUGAUUUCUCCCCAACUUCAUAAUCUCUCUGGGACUCAAACAGUAGCUGCUUCUACUGCCCAAGUUGAGAACAAAUCCAAUGAUGGAGGUGCAAAUAAUAUUGAAUCAGGAGAGCUAAAGAAACUUGACAGUUUUGGGAGAUGGAUGGAUAAAGAAAUUGGUGGAGAUUGUGAUGAUUCUUUGAUGGCUUCGGAUUCCGGCAAUUAUUGGAGUACACUGAGUGCUGAGAAUGAAGACAAGGAAGUUUCCAGUUUGUCGCACCAUAUGCAGUUGGACAUUGAUUCUUUGGGCCCUUCUCUUUCCCAGGACCAGCUAUUUAGCAUCCGUGAUUUCUCACCGGAUUGGACUUAUUCUGGUGUUGACACGAAGGUUCUGAUCAUUGGUACGUUCUUGGGAAGCAAGAAGUUUUCCAGUGAAACUAAAUGGGGUUGUAUGUUUGGUGAGAUUGAAGUUUCUGCUGAGGUUUUGAAUGAUUGUGUCAUCCGAUGUCAAGUUCCUCAACAUGCUCCUGGGUGUGUUCCAUUUUAUGUCACCUGUUGUAACAGACUAUCAUGCAGUGAGGUGAGGGAAUUUGAAUAUCGUGAAAAUCCUUUUGGAACUGCUUCUUUGCCUGCCGAAAGUGCUCAACAGGAGGAAAUUCUCUUUCAAAUGCGUUUAUCAAAGUUAUUAUAUUUAGGCCCUGAGAUGAAGUCAUUGAAUUGCUCCAUAGAGGAUUGUGAAAGAUGCAAAAUAAGAAGUACUUUAUUUUCCUUGAGAAAUGAUAGUAAAAGGGAUUUGGGAAAAGUCCAAGAUAAUUGUAUGGUCGCUGUAGGUGAUGGCAUUGGUUUUAGAGAUAAGUUGAUCCAAAGUUUACUGAUGGACAGACUUUUUGAGUGGCUGGCCUGUAAAGUUCAUGAAGGAGGUAAAGGAUCGGAUGUUUUGGAUGGAGAAGGUCAAGGAGUCAUCCACUUGGCUGCCAGUCUUGGUUAUGAAUGGGCCAUGGACCUCAUAGUUGCUGCCGGUGGCAAUCCCAAUUUUAGAGAUGCACGAGGUAGAACUGCGCUUCACUGGGCAUCAUAUUUUGGGAGAGAAGAAACAGUGAUUGCACUCAUUAGAUUGGAUGCAGAUCCAACUGCUGUUGAUGAUCCAAAUCCAGCAUUUCCAGGAGGACAAAGUGCAGCUGAUUUAGCUUCAUGUCGUGGCCACAAAGGAAUCUCUGGAUACUUGGCUGAAGCUUUUUUAAGUAGGCAUCUUUCAUCAUUGAAAAUUGACCAAAAUCAGAUGGAUCAUGAUACUGCAGCUAUGGCAGCUGAAAAGGAAACUGAUAUUGCAGCCCAAGUUGCCUCUUUGCCAAGUAAGGGAGAAUACGAAUUGCUUUCCUUGAAAGGGUCUCUGGCUGCUGUCAGAAAAUCUGCUCGUGCAGUGGCUCUCAUUCAUGCUGCCUAUCGAACAAGUUCUUUCCGUCAAAGACAAUUAGCAAAGAGCAGUGAUGAUAUUUCUGAAAUUUCACUUGACCUAGCUGCCCUUGGUUCUUUAAACAUGGUUCAAAGGAGGGGUCACUUUGAAGAUUAUUUACAUUCUGCAGCUGUAAAGAUCCAGCAAAAGUAUCGUGGCUGGAAGGGAAGGAAAGAUUUUUUGAAAAUACGCAAUCGAAUUGUAAAAAUUCAGGCUCAUGUGAGAGGACAUCAAGUUCGAAAGCAGUACAAAAAGGUAGUUUGGUCAGUUGGCAUUGUUGAAAAGGCCAUAUUGCGAUGGAGGCGAAAACGUACCGGUUUGCGGGGAUUUCGGUUGGAAAAGAAAAUUGGAGAUGUGAAACCAGAAUCUGAGAAAGCAGACGAAUAUGAUUUUCUGCGAAUAAGCCGCAAACAGAAAUUUGCUGGAGUUGAAAAGGCUCUGGCAAGAGUAACGUCAAUGGUUCGCAAUCCAGAAGCACGUGAGCAGUACAUGAGGAUGGUUACAAAAUUUGAGAAUAUCAAGAUGGGUGACGAAGGGUGUAGUGUAUCCCAGCAGGAUGAAAGUUCCAGAUAGCUCAGAAUACAAGAUUUUCAUGUAUUUACAGCUGAUCAAUGAUCCAACUAAUUGACAUUAAUUAUGUGCUUGCUAGUAGUAACUGUUCUACCUGCAAUUGUCGUGAAGCAUGUUUAACUUUUAACAGAUUCUCUGUGACUAAAAUUUAGGUAAGGAAGCAAAAGGAGAAAAGGUGAAGAUAGGGGGGGAGAUUGUACAUGUAUUUGUCCUUAUGAGCACUAGCCAAUUCAAACCUGGAAUAUAGUGGGCAACAGAACGAUACACUCGUCACUGAAAGAACGAAAUGGCUUUCAGGAGUUGCAAGCCUGAAAUCUAC